GAUGGCUCACUCAGCUGGCAACAGCCUGAUUUUUAACACAGUUGACAGUCUGGUGUUCCGCUCAGAGAGAGACGGAGAAAAGAAAAAUAGGUACGGCUCCGUCUUCCUUUCUGUGGAUUGCAACUGCGAAGAAAAACAAGGCUGUGCUUCUUUUUUAUUUUAUAAACGGGUUUUGAUUUGAAAUAGAAACUUAAACAAGCCGCGUGUUCCUGGGCCGCCGCUGAGCAAAUGUAGCACGUGAGACUGAAUUUUUUUGGAAGAUCAAGACACUUCCUGAUUAUUAUUUUUUUUAUAUAUAUAAUGGAACCGGCGGACUUCAAUGAGGAGCUGAACUGUUCCAUUUGUCUGAACAUUUAUAAAGAUCCCGUAACCCUGAGAUGUGGACACAACUUCUGCCGGGAAUGUAUUGGCCGUGAGCUGGAUUCACAGGAAGGGUCUGGGGGUUACACCUGCCCCAGAUGCCGAAAAAGGUUUCCAGAGAGGCCCGCGCUGCAGGAGAAUGGAGAUCUGGGCCCCGCCGACGACUGUUUUAUCGCACCGCCAUCCCAGUAUCAGGUCCCCAACAUCUUCUGUACGUACUGCAUUCACUCCCCGGUACCCGCCGUCAAAUCCUGCCUGCUCUGCGAAGCAUUUCUGUGCGACGAUCACCUCAAAGUCCACAGCAAGUCGCUGGAGCACGUCCUGUCCGAUCCCAACACGUCCCUGGAGAACAGAAAAUGCGCCACCCACAGGAAGAUCCUGGAGUAUUACUGCUCUAAAGACGCCGUCUGCGUCUGCGUGUCCUGCAUUGCCUUUGGGGACCACAGAGGCCACGUGGUGGAACCUCUGAACGUGGCCUUCGAGAAGAAGACGGAGAAGCUGAGAUACUUCCUGGAGAAGCUGACCUCCAAGAAAAAGAGGGGCGAAAAGAGGGUGCGCAACUUGCAGAAGCGCAGGAUGGAAGUGCAGGAGAAGGCCUCCGGGGUGACGAAGAGGGUCUCAGCCCUUUUCAGGGACGUUCGGGAACAGUUGGACCUCCUCGAGAAGAGGGUCCUCAACGAGAUCUCAAGCUGGGAGGAGCACGUUUCGCUGUCCGUUUCUGAUCUGAUCCAACAACUGGAAGUGAAGAAGGAUGAACUGUCCAGAAAGAUGCAUCACAUUGAAGAGCUGUGUAACAUGAGCGAUCCAGUCACCGUCCUACAGGGAAGAGAAAUUUGGAGGGAUGACCUUUGCGAUCCUCAAGACGGAGAUGACGAAGCCAGGGAGUGGGAUUAUAAGAGGAUCUACGAGUCCGAUGAUCUGGAUGAGGGUCUGAUCUCACUGACUUUACACGCGGGUUUAGCCGACAUAAUGACCGGCAUCAAGAGAGGGAUCUACGUCUCGGAGUCUUUGGAUAUAAUGCUCGACCUAAACACCGCCGGCAAUUAUGUGGCUAUAUCAGGGGACCUAAAGACCGUCUCCUGGUCAGAGAUGAACCAGUACCGCCCAGAGACUCCGGAGAGGUUCCAGUAUUGCCAAGUCAUAAGCGGGAGGAGCUUCGACUCCGGGCGACAUUACUGGGAGGUGGAGACCAACGAGUCGGGGGACUGGAUGAUCGGGGUGUGUUACCCCAGCAUUGACCGCAAGGGGGUUCAGUCCUAUAUCGGAAACAAUCACAAGUCCUGGGGUUUGUGCAAAUUCAAUAAUGAGUAUUCGGUGAUCCAUUGCAGCGAGGUCAGUCAGAUACCGUAUUGUGUUUCCUGCCAGAGUUUCAGAAUUUAUUUGGAUUACGAGGCCGGCCAGUUGUCCUUUUAUGAACUUAGGGGGUCCAUCAGACACCUUCACACCUUCUCCGCCACCUUCACGGAGCCCCUCCAUGCUGUAUUUUAUGUUUGGGGUGAAUGGGUGAGAAUCAGGAGCUGAGAAGAACCAGAAGGUCCGAACAUGUGGAGUCUUCAUGGAUGGAGUAGGGAAAGUGGUAUUGCUGUCUACAGGGGGCGCACCUACAGGGGGGUCGCAAUUGGAACACCUGGAUAUGAGGGGCGGCGGCUUACAGAAGAACCGAUCCCUUCCAUUUUCCUCCUGCAGCCAGUUUCUCCUCCUCUUCCUCCCGUGGGCAUUCAGCGGCUGCAGGAGGAACAUGGAGGGAAUCGAUUUUUCUAUAUGCCGCCACUCCUAUUCAGAUCAUGCAGCCCUUGGGCCCCCUGUGUGCUCUACUUGCCCCCCCCCCCCCGUGACACUGCCAGGUUCCUCCCCCUUUCAUCUCCAUCCAAGAUCAUGCUGCCCUUGGGCCCCCUGUGUG